GGACCAGCCGUGGCGGGGUGGUGCGGGGACGCGGAGUGUGUCUUGCGUAGGGCGAGAUGUUGUUUUGUUGUGGCGAUCAGUUGAAUGUGGCAUCGCUGUCCGGUCUGACACAACAGUGGGAAGCACACCGACUCCCCGCGGCGCUCCCUCCGAAGCAUCGCGGGUGCAGAGCUGCUGUAUCCAGCGCACCUCAAUCCAGGAAAUGCGGACUUCUGGCCCUUUCGCUACGGGAUAAAUGGCUGCAGCGCACAUACUGUAGCACGCUGACCCACUCAGACGUUGAACAGCUAGCACUGUCGAGAACCAACAAAGAAGAUGCGGGGAAGACCUUGGGAGAACUGUUAUAAUGGCUAAGGCAAGACAGAAGCAGAGCUGCUUUGCAUUGAGAGAGCAUCUUUGUUUACCUGCUUUCAUGCAGCUCCAGGGCACCUUUUAAUGAUGCCUCAUUUGGUCCUGUUCAAUAACUCUUGGCCCGAACAGAAAAAGAUCCUCCAUUUUGAUUUAAAAUUCAGUCCGUCGAUGUUUGCCUGCCUCUGACCACUCUGCUGCCAUGCGGUUGGACCAAUGAGGCUCAGAGAGCCUUUCAAUACGUGUCUGUGAGGUCUCCUCCCCACUCUAUGGAGGCUGAGCCCAGCCGUCCGGCUGAUGGGGAGUGCUCUGAAAGGCAAGGGCAGCAGUAUGUAACCGCUGAAUCUUCAUUAGGAUCUCAGCAACCCCAGCAGCCACGUAAUCCUCGCCCUGUACACAGAGCCUUGGGCCACCUACAAAAUCGCCAACCCAAACGUACUGACCUGCUUCGUUUACAGCAGCAGCAAGCAGCAGCAUGGCAGCAUCCAGACACCCCGGGUCCUUCAGGAGGCAGCUUCUACUCUUCAGCUUCCUCCUUGGCCUCAUCCCUCCCCUCUACUUCCUCCACCCAGGGUGAGCAUGGUCGUGGAGUGCCAUCUCACUCAAGCCAAGAGGGCCUAGAAGGCUUCAGCUCACCCAGAAAGGGGGAGAAGAAACCACAAAAACCAGGGAAAUAUGUGUGCACUUACUGUGGCCGUCCAUGUGCCAAGCCGAGUGUUCUUCAGAAACACAUACGCUCUCAUACAGGAGAAAGACCCUACCCAUGUGCCCCCUGUGGAUUUUCUUUUAAGACCAAGAGUAACCUGUAUAAGCAUCGCAAAUCUCAUGCCCAUCGCAUUAAAGCAGGUCUGGCAUCCAGCCGUGAUGAGCUAAGUUUGAGUGGACCAGAGGGCAGUACUGUUGGAGAAGACCCUGAGGAGCAUACAGAGGGAGAAAGCACAGAAUCUGAAGAAGAGACUGGCCAGCAUAGAAAAUCCUCUUCUAAGGAGAUGCUCAGGCAGCAGAAGAAAGGAAGUAGGGAGCGGCUUGGAGGCUCAGAGGAGAGCCAGAGGCCUGAGGACUCCCAGGCUGUCAAGCAAAGACUAGCACUGAGGCUUAGUGAAAGGAAACGUGGUCCGAUGGCUUCUCCAGAUGACCCCCCUUCCUCCCUCUCCACUUCAUCUUCUUCCCAAGGCCCUGGCAGUAAAGGCAGCACAGAGUCUGGCUAUUUUUCUGGAUCAGGCAGUACUGACCUGUCCCAAGUUAGCCCACCAAGUUCUAGUGCCAAAACCUAUGCAGAAAUUAUUUUAGGAAAGUAUGGAAGACUUGGAGGGCAACAACGCAGUCCCCACCAGCCGCAACCUCAUUCUUCACAUUCCUCAUCUUCAGGAACUGAUGAGAAGAGCAUUUCCUUUGCUGUGCCCAAAACCCAAGUAAUUGAACACAUAACCAAGCUCAUCACUAUCAAUGAAGCUGUUGUAGACACUAGUGAGAUUGAUAGUGUAAAGCCCAGACGCUCCUCCCUGUCCAGGAAAAGCAGCAUUGAAUCACCCAAAUUCAUUGCCCCUAAAGAUCCCUACAAAUUUGACCCUAAAGAAGAAGCAGCUGGCCCCAGUGGUUUCAGGCACCUCCAGAACCCAGAAACCAACCCACCCAGUACACAAGAUAUGUCAGCAGUGCCUCUUCUUAGAAGCCACUCAAUGCCAUCCUCUACCAGCCAAGCAGAGCCCAGCACCUCUAGCACCACAUCUUCUAGAGGUUUCCGCCUUUGCCAGUCAUUUGAUGAGCAACAAGCGGUGGUGGCAGAGAUGAGAGGGGCCCAUCGUAUGCUCAGACGUCAGCCUGCCAUAGAAGUUCCCUUGGGAGCUGAGGUAAUGUUGGAGGAGGCCAGUCCCACCUCCUCGCUCUCCUCAGCCAGAGGCUUCGAAACAGCCAAAAAGCCACAGCAGCAACAUCAAAAAAGUCCCAGCUUGUUUGAAUGUGCAGCAUGUGGGGCUAGCUUCCAACACAGUGAAGGCUAUGAUGCUCACAGAGACAGCUGCCCAGGACCAGAACCAGAGGCCCGGCGUGCAAGUAAGACAUGCAGGGAGGAUCGACCCUUGAUGAUGCACUAUAAGUUCAGAGCUCUGGCCAUGGCAGUAAGAAAGAGGAGGAAAGAGGAGAGUCUGGAGGAGGAUCCUCCAAGCCCUGGACCUGUACCCGUGUCAGGCAGCUCUGCAGGACUCAUUCCAGUGCCAAGUAGACCAGAGCACAGCCAGACCCUCUCAGGUGUUACGUUACAGACUGAGCCAAACCAACCGCCACAGCAGGACAGAAAGGGUGUGUCUGUCAUCCAACACACUAGUUCUUUUGAGAAACAGGAGAGUGUAUCUAUGGAAAGCCAGGAACUAGACCUCAGAGAGCAUCAGCAAACACAGCAACCCGAGCCAAAACAGUCACCUUCCACAUCCCGCCUCAUUCGCCAGCCAAACAUCCAAGUGCCGGAGAUCCUUGUGACUUUGGAGCUUGAUGCUGACAUGCCAUCUGUGUCAUCCCCAGUAACAGGAUCCUCAUCAAAGGAGGCAGAGAGAGUAGAGGAGUUCCACUGGCCUCAGCGUAGUCAGACUCUUGCCCAGCUCCCUGCAGAGAAGCUGCCACCGAAGAAGAAAAGACUUCGCCUAGCAGAAGUUGCCCAGUCCUCUGGGGAGUCAAGCUUUGAGUCUUUGUCUCUGCCUCGAAGUCCCAGUCAAGAGAGCAACAUCUCAAGCCAUUCUGCUUCUUUUGAAGAGACAGCACGAUCAGAGCCAGCGAUCUGGUCCUCCAGCAGCCAAAGCUCCCAGAUGCUGAUGGUGCCAUCUACUCCUCAGCAGCACCACCAAAGUCACAAGGAGAUGAGGCGUUCAGCCUCAGAGCAGGCCCCAGCUAGCCCACAACAAGCAGAGCAGAUCUCAGAGACCAGAAGUAAAUCUUUUGACUAUGGAUCCCUGUCUCCUCAGCAGUCCACGUCCUCUUGGAAAGAAAGAAGAAAAUGUCUUCUUACUUUGCCUGCCUCCUUAGGUGAACACGAUCAGGACAUGGGGAGCAACAUUAACCAGUUGUCCAGAGUAGAAAAUCCCAACCCUGGCCCCUCCCUAUCUAACCAUCCUUCUCUGUACUCUGCUGAGGUAAGCUCUGGGUUUCACCAGGAAGCUAGAGGAAAAGCCUUGCAGCUGUUACCACCACAAAUCCCAUCCUCUCAGGAUCUGCUCUCUAUGCAGUCCAGAGGCCAGCACGUUUUCCCUCCAGUAUCACUGUCACAGCUACUCCCGAUCACCACAGCCAUAUCUGAAGUACUGUCCACUCAAGUUAUCCACAGAGCGUUCUUACAUUCGCACAUAGGAUCUCCACCUAUACAGAUACACCCAGCACAUAUCCCCAUGACAGAACGGUUGAGAAUACCUCUGCAUCAGCUUCCACCUCUAGUUCCUCUCCCAUUCUCCUCUCAGACUAGAGCAAGCCAGGCUCUUUACCUGCCUGCUCCUCCUAGACUUACCACGCAUGGUUCUUCCCCAUCUGCUGCUGAGGGCAGAGCCUCCAUCUCUUCUGUGUCCUCUGCCCUAACCCAUCAAUCUAUUGUGACCAUCUCCUACAACCACCCCCGGCCAGUCAUAGCCACCUGUCUGGCACAACUGACACCAGUAGUGUCCCUUGUGGUACCAGUACGCCUCCAAACCCAUAGACCUACCUUUGCUAGUGCCAUGUAUACCACCCUGUCCCAGAUUUUGGCUUCCACUCACUCACAGGAACCAACUUCUUGCACAACUAUGGUUAUCAUGAGCCAACUGGAACGGGAAAAGCUCCAAAGGACCUACCUGAAGGUCCCUUCCCCAGACAUCAAGAGCCUACUUCCCUUGUCUCUGCCAACGGGCCUAGCCUCAGGCUCUGGGGAGGAAUAUGGUCCACUGGGGUCUGGAGGAAGCAAACGCAUGCUUUCGCCAGCAGCCAGUCUUGAGCUUAGCACAGAAGCUCAGCGUCAUCAGAAAAGGGUAAAAGAAGAAGAAGAGGAGCAACACAAGACAGAAGAGGAAGAGGAAAUAGAACCAAAGGUAAGACAAGAAGAAGAAAUUAAAGCCACCAGGAAAACAAUGGAAGACGGAGAAAGGAAAAAAACAGAUAUGUUAGAAGUGACAGCUGUGAAAUUAAAGGAGGCACAGGAGCAAGUACCAAGGAAAGAUAACAGGGAGGAAAAGGAGGGAGAGAAGGAGUUAGGUGGGAAGACGAGUCAAAAAAAGGAAGAGGCAUCACCUGUGGAAGAAGGGUCGAGACCUAGCAGCCCUUCAUAUCCCAGCCUCCAAACUUCCACAUCAGUCAACUGGUGUUACCUAAAGUAUGUCAAACCCAACCCAUCUGCCCAGAGGGAUCCUCAUGCCUCAGUUUAUUCUACAUGGAGUAUCAGUGCUCACAACCCCAACCUGCCAGGCCUCAGCACCAAGGUAGCUCUGUCUCUACUGUGCUCUAAACAGAAGCACAGCUCUGAGACAUACACCAUGGCCACUGCUCCAACAUCAUCCAGGGAAAAACUGUCUGGGACAAGCAGCAGGACACCACAUGUGUCAGAGGUACAUGCCACGCCACCCAGCAGUCUUACCAAAGUAAAGGAUCAGAAAAGGCAUGGGAAGGAAGAAAAUAAAGAAACAAGAGAAGAGGAAAAGCCUUCCACCUCCAAACAGGGCGAACCUUCUCGGGUUCGCAUCUUUGAAGGAGGGUACAGAUCCAAUGAAGAGUAUGUCUACGUGAGAGGUCGUGGCAGGGGAAAGUACAUAUGUGGAGAGUGUGGUAUUCGCUGCAAAAAGCCUAGCAUGCUGAAAAAGCACAUAAGAACGCACACUGAUGUCCGUCCAUAUAUCUGCAAACACUGCAACUUCGCCUUCAAAACCAAAGGAAACCUGACAAAACACAUGAAGUCAAAGGCUCAUGGGAAAAAAUGCCAGGCAAUGGGAGUAUCUGAGUCAUCACUGGACGAGCCAGAAAGCGAGGAAACAGCAGGAAGCGAUGAACGUGUGUGUGGCUCAGAAGAACAGGAGGAGCAUCAGUUCUCUGAUGUGGAAGAGACUGAAGAUGAUGAUGACAAUGAGGAGGAGGAGGAGGAGGAGGAGGAGGAGGAAGAGGAGUCUGCAUCUCAUGAGGACCCACCUUCCUCCUGUUCAUCAGACACUCACCCAUCAACUGGAGGGCGCUCCAGCUGCAGUCGGCGCUCACAACAAAGCACUCCUGAUCCAGAACCCAGUCCCAGUCAGGAGCCCUCCCCCUGGAGAGUCUGGUCUAGAAGGGGAGGGGCCUCGCCAGGCAGCAGGAGGGCUCUGUUCUCCCGGCGAGGCUGGAAGGCGUCUCCAAGAGCCUUUUCCCCCAGCAGUGAGAGUUGCUCUCCCAGCCGCAGUCUCUCACCCCGUUUGGAGCUGUCCUCGCCUAUCCACAGCCUGUCCCCCAGGACUGAGCUUUCCUCACCCAGCCGACACGUUUCCCCCUCCCCUGAGAGAGGACCAUCUCCCAUCAGACCCCUUUCUCCUCUUCAUCCAAUUUCACCCAGCUGCUAUCGGCCAACUCAAGUUCAGACCCCUCCGUCACCCCUGGGGGUGCAUCACAGAAGCCCUGGAUGCCUGCCUUGGGAAAGCCCCAGCACAAAAAGAGGUCACGUCAAACUGGAGAAAAGUGGUGCAGCAGGAGAAGAGCCAACUUUUUCAGAACACAACUUGUUUCCACCUGCUUUCCGUAUUUCUACCUGUGAGGCUUAUCCUGGUCUCCCAACAGCAGACAACAUCUUCAGCCAUCUUCCCAUGCACUCCCAACAAGCCAAGGUCCCCUACCUGAUGAUACCAAUUGGUGGGAUCCAAAUGGUACAAGCCAGACCAAGGUCCCACCCUACUACACCUUCAUCCCCAACAUCUCCCCCUCUACAGGGGCCAUCACUGACCCGGUUUGAAUCAUACUGGGGCGGGACCCCCAGGACUCAAGGACUUAGGACUCCUGGAGACAACUGGUCAAUGCACCAGGCAGCAGGAACCAGCCAGUCUGUGCGGGAUGGCACAGCACUAACAUUUUCCAAAACAGAGUUAGAGACCACAGACUCAAAGCAAUAUGGCAGCUCACAUAGCUCCGUCCACACUCACAGGUCUGCGACUGAGACCACUGAACACAGCACCAGAGACAGUCGUACAAGAGCGCCUAGCCUCAGCCUAGCAGCCCCUGUAGCCUCGCGUGCCAUUGGACAACAGCCAGAGAGGGAGGAGCUCCCAUCAGGUAGUGAUGUGAUGGAGAGAGAAGCUAAAGGUGACUCAGCCAGAACAGAACAGAGCACUUAACGGUGUCGACACCUUGAUGCAUCUUGCAUCCCAUUUUGCUUUAUUAGUUGCUAUACUAGUCUUGUUUUUUCUUUUCUUUUUUUUGUUUGUUUUUUGCUUUGUUUUUAUACAGUUUUCAAUACUAUUGUUAACUUAAAUGUUUGUUUUUGCCAAUGUUCAGGUUUGGUAUAAAAAUGCACUUUUUUCUGUGUGAAAAUAAUGUUUCUGUAUAUCUCUCUAUCUAAAUUAUAUAUCUAUAUAAAUAUAUCCCUCCUGUAUCUAAAUAGAUACUGGUAAUCUUAACAUCUGUUUAAAUCUAUGUAAAAGGAAUAUGAAAAAAAUUGUAAAUGACCAAAAUCUUUCAUUAAAAAUAAUUCCAUUUUUGUUUGUCCAGUAUUACUCAAAUUGUAGUUACUUGUGCCUUUUCUGUCCAGGUUUGUGUUUUUUUGCGAUGUACAGAACAGAUAGACAAAGAGAAGGCUGUGAAUUUUUAUAUAAACUUUUUAUGUUCUUAAGGAGGGUUGAUAUUUGGUGUUUUGAUUGUUUCUGCUCUAAAGGCCAGUGCUUUAUUGCCAGGGUAAAUGAGAGUUGCCAUGUGGAGAUCUAGAACAGAAGGAGCAAAAGAAAUGCACUGAAGUUCUAUUUUUUAUUACAAAUUACUUUAGAUAAGAGUAUAUGUCUAUACAGGGAAGAAUGCUCCUUAUUUAUUGUUAUUUGAUAACUAUGGUCAUUUUUUCAAGAUUGUUAAUUUUCUUUUUUAUUUUUAUUUUAUUUUGUUAUUGGGAAAGUUUUUCUUUUCUUUUUUUUUUUUUUUUUUAAUCUGUGUGACUUUUUCAUGAUAUUCUUGUAACUUGAAUGGGUGGCAAAGAUGAAAGAUUGAGUUUGGCUGGUACUGGAUCAAGUGCCCUGCAGAUUUCACACAGCAAAAUUUCUAGUCAUUGACAAGACAAUAAAAAAAACACACCA